UACUACUACCACGCAGCGGGUGACACACACACACACAAAAAGUCACAAAUCUCUACGUUUUUUUUCCUCGCGAGGCGUAGGGCGCGCAUACGCGACGCGCGCCAUUAUUUGGUCCGCCUCGUGCCUCCAUAAAUACCGCCUCCGUCCCGUCCGCCUCCUCCCCCACACUCCACUCCACUCCACUCUCGCCGCUCGCCGUUGCCACUCGCACUCACAAUGUCGCCGGCGCCGCGGGUGUUGGUGUUGGUGGUGGCCACAGUGGUGGCGCUGCAGGUGUCGCCGGCGGCGGGGCGGAUCCCGGGGGCGUACGGGGGCGGGGAGUGGCAGAGCGCGCACGCAACGUUCUACGGGGGCAGCGACGCGUCAGGGACGAUGGGCGGGGCGUGCGGGUACGGGAACCUGUACAGCCAGGGGUACGGGGUGAACAACGCGGCGCUGAGCACGGCGCUGUUCAACUCCGGGCAGAGCUGCGGCGCGUGCUUCGAGAUCAAGUGCGUGAACCAGCCCGGGUGGGAGUGGUGCCACCCGGGGAGCCCCUCCAUCCUCAUCACCGCCACCAACUUCUGCCCGCCCAACUACGCCCUCCCCUCCGACAACGGCGGCUGGUGCAACCCUCCUCGCCCCCACUUCGACCUCGCCAUGCCCAUGUUCCUCCACAUCGCCGAGUACCGCGCCGGCAUCGUCCCCGUCUCCUACCGCCGGGUGCCGUGCAGGAAGAAGGGAGGGGUUCGGUUCACGAUAAACGGGUUCAGGUACUUCAACCUGGUGCUGAUCACGAACGUGGCCGGGGCCGGGGACAUCGUGAGGGCGAGCGUGAAGGGGACGAGCACCGGGUGGAUGCCCAUGUCGCGGAACUGGGGCCAGAACUGGCAGUCCAACUCCGUCCUCGUCGGCCAGGCGCUCUCGUUCCGCGUCACCGGCAGCGACCGCCGCACCUCCACAUCCUGGAACGCCGCACCCGCCGGAUGGCACUUCGGCCAGACCUUCGAGGGCAAGAACUUCCGGGUCUGAAUUGAAUGAAGCAAAACUGCAAUAUACCCUCUUAUUUACUCAUCUAGUAAUUACUGUCAUUAUAGCGAGCAGGUGUGUUUUUUACCUUGGUUAAGUUUGGGUUCUUCUUCGGUUGGUGGCCUUGUCAAAGUGAGGGGCCGGGGGAAAACAGGUGGUAAAGACUAGUACUAGUGUCAAUUAGGGUUAAACUGGUAAAUUGCUAGUACUGCUGUUACUCAUCAUCAUCAUCGCUAGUGGUCACUGCUAGUAGUAGUUGUGCUAGUGCAUGUAUGGUUAUGGAUACUGCAUCAUGUUGGUUGGUGAUGGAUUUUGUCCAUGUUUUGCCAAGGGGUUUGGUUUGGAGUUGGGGGUGAUGGGGAGGAUUUGUGCUCAAAGAGUGGCUGAAGUGGCUGCAAAGCUGCAGCUGAAUUUGGGGGUGGUGAGUGUAGCCCGCAGCCGCUUGUGCCGUGUCAUUUGUCUCUAUGGCACUUGAUGUUUAUCAUGGACUUGAUUUAUCAUUAUGGUGAUUGGAGCUUGUAAGAAGAUUAAUUGCCUCUGUUCCUCUCGCUC